UCUGGCGAAAAAUUAUUUUGAAUACAUUAAACUCAGUUAUUCGUUGGCUUUGAAGCAGGACGUUGAGACGAAAUGUUGGAAAAAUGGUUUUUACACUUUGAUUGAGGGAUUUCGAAAUGCAAUUAAUAUAGAUCGUUUGCAAUCUCAGAAUCAUUCAUCAUCUUCCACUAUUAUUUUAAAGCAAUUCGGAAUCUUUUUAGAUGAAGCGGAAACUUUUUAUAAAAGGUUAUUAAAGCAAAUUGCUUUAGAUAUAUCUCAAAACGGCAAACCCAUUAAUAAUAACAAACCUCCUAAGUGGAUACGUUGUGUUAAUUGUUUAGGAGAUAUUAAUAGAUAUCGUUGGGCAUAUGAACUAGAAAAAAAUUCUAAAAACGAUGCAAAUAACGAAAAUGAUUCAAAUGCAAAAAAUAAUGCAGAUGAAUCAUUUUUUGGAGUAAUGGACAAUGAAUUUGACCUAAAUGCUUCAGAAGAUAAAGAAAUGAACAAAGAUUUUUGGGCUAAAAAUGCAUCACGUUGGUAUCGUUUAGGUAUUCAACUUAAUUCCAAUAAUGGUAAAUUUUAUCAUCAUUUGGGAAUUCUUACAGGUUACAACGAAUUUAAGUCACUCUAUUAUUUUUGUAGAAGUCUCUCGGUAAACACUCCUUUCUUAGCUGCCCGUGAAUCACUUAUUGCAUUAUUUGAAUCAAAUAGAAAACGUUUUUCAAAUCUUACGACAAAUAAACAUAAACAAAAGGGUCGUCGUGGUUAUUUGUAUAGAGAAAAUUCUCAACCAAAAUCGGUUGAUGUUUUGACCAAAUUACCAAUUGAAUGCUUGUUUUCCAGAUUACAUGGGAUGCUUUUCACUAAAAUUGGGCUUGAGAAUUUUGAAAAUAUUCUUAAGAUCUUUUUAGAAAAAUUAAAUAAAUGGGAAAAUCCUUGUUCAAUAGAUGACUCAAAUGAAACUCGAUGGCUAGAAACUUAUUUGAAAAUGGCAGUUAUAAAUCUUUCUAGCAUGUAUAAUUACGGGAGUAAAGAAGGUUCUUCACAUGGGCAAGUCACUUUAUCCUGUGCAAAUACUGACCCAGCAUUUCCUGAAAAAACUAGACUUACAUUUAGCAUCAUGGGUCAAUUUAUGUCUAAAUAUUUUGAAACUAUAAUUUUACAAGAGGGAGUUAAUACUUCGGAAGGUUGGCUCUUGUAUUGUGAAGUGGUAAUGCUUUGGAUGGUUUCUAGUGGAGCUUUUGAUGGUUUUGGAAACGAAAACCAUAAAAGUAUUUGGGAAGCUGGAAGAUUUAUAUUUCCAAACUUUUGGAAGAUAUUGGCAAAAUUUCUCACAAAGGUAGCGCAUCAAGUUUCUUCAUUUACUAAAGAAGAGAUUUUGAAUUCUUGUAAAAACCAAAAUCACGAAAAAAUAUCACUUAAUCUUCUUCGUCCUCCGUUGAGCGAAGAUUGGGAAUUACGUGGCAUUUCUUGGCUUCAACCACUAUAUGAAACAUAUCUAUCUGAUCUUGAAGUUAGACCUCACAUUAAAUUUGAUGAAUCCGAAUCCGAUAAUACAAUAAAUAUUAUUUAUGAAGAACGAAAAUUGUGUUUAGAUCAAAAUGCGAAAUCUCAAAGAAGGGCGCGGAUUAUGGAGUUAGGAUACAUUUUAUCCAAGAAAAUAAGUGGUUUUACUUUUAAUGCCGAAGAUACAAAAUUUAGUGCUUGCCCAGAAUUGGAUGCAAAACUAGAAAAUUCUCUAAAUAUGGAAAGCAAUCUGUUACCAGUUAUGUUCAUCGCUGAAGAACAAAAGCCAACCAAAGAAUCAAAACCAGUAAAUAUUGAAGAUCAAGAAAAUGAAAUUAAUGAUUAUGCAGAAGAUGAUGAUGAAGGGAUCAAAGAAUUGAAGUCUCGUCGUCAAGAGUUAGAGAAUCUUUUGGCCGCAACUCGCAAUAAUAUUUAUAGUUCUUCGGCACACAAGCAUCCAGUGAAUGAUGCCAAAAAAAAGGAAUCAUCAAAAAAGACAAAAUCUCCAUUACUCAGAAUUGUUCCUGGGUAUACUAUACUUGUAGUUGAUACAAAUUGUCUUGUAGGAGAUCUUAAUAUGGUAAAGAAGAUCAUAUAUAAUGACAGUUGGGUAGUUGUCAUACCUUUGGUUGUUGUCACGGAAUUGGAUGGUUUAAGAUUUAAUUCACCACCUCUUGGUACAGCAGCAUCUGAUGCAAUUGCAUUUCUUGAACAAGCAAUGUCAAACAAAAAGAAACUUAAAAUUCAGACGAGUAGGGGAAAUUAUGUAUCUGGAAUUAAUUUUAGUGAAGAAUUUGAUUUUGGUGAUGGCGAAGAUAAAAAGAAAAAUCUAGACGACCUUAUUCUAGGAAUUUGUUUAUGGCAUGCAAAGAAUCAAGAAGAAAAUGGUUCUUAUAGUAAAACAUCUAAAGAAAAAAUUAAUAACGAAAAAGAAGCUGUCGUAUUACUCACUAACGAUCGAAAUCUUCGGAUCAAAGCACGCGCUAGAGGAAUUGAUGUUAUAGGAGCACAGGAUCUUGCAGGAUUGAUAUGA